UGUUCGAUAUGACGUGAUAAAGAGGAAACGCAGAAUCGACUCUGUAAAGUUUCAGGGUUAUCCUUUCAAAUUUACUUUUUAUCUUUAUUUUGUUAUACAGCGCAGCAAGUUAGAUCCUCAUUCGGAAUAUUUUCUGGUAGCUUUUGCUGAUCUCUGCCCGUCUUCAGUGUCAAAAGUCACAAUGGCUAAUUCAGCACUUUGGCUGGUGUUGUUGCACUGGAUGGUCCUGCACUCUCCAAGCAGGUGUACCGAUUUAACCGAAGCCGAACUGCAAGAACUGGAGAAGAUCAGCACCUGGGUCAUCACCCGCAGCUUUCCCUGCAGUGCCACCUGCGGGCUUGGCCUGCGCGUGCAAGAGCUCUGCAAUACCGGGGGAAACAUCUCCAGCACCUCCUGCAAGAUGAGGACCGUCCGCUGCCUAGACACCUGGCAGUGUGGACUGAAGACUCAAACAGCAAUUGCUGGUCAGCGCCUGGUGCUUGACUGCUUAGAGGAAGUGAUGGAAGCCAUGGGCCGCUUUGCGUUUGUGGUGUCUUGGCGCUUUGCCGGUGGAAUCAUUACAUCUGAUGACUCAUUAUUCAGCCGCUACGAAGCCCUGAGCCUGGACAAGGUGGUGCUAGACUUUCUCAGAGAAGAGGAUUCUGGGACAUACCGCUGUGACGUUCUGGACACCGGCAAACGAAGAGUGAAGAGGAUGUAUAAAGGGGUAAAAGUGUUAUCACCCAAAGAAGUGACUUUAGACUUUGCUAAAGGGCUAAUUCGCUGGGAAAACCCAGAGAGCCUGUUUCCUAACAUGACCACCACAGGAAACCCAUUUCCCAGCAGCAUUGUCCGAAACAUGGCGCUGAUAAGCGUGUCCGUAUCUGCUGCAACGGCGGCGCUCAUCCUUCUGCUCUUGUGGGCUUUUUACCGAAUAACACUAAGAAGAACAGAUCAGCUCUCCCAGAACAAUGUCUGAAAACAUUUCAAAGAUUAAAAUGUCAAAUUAAUUGCCCGUAUCUCGAAGUCACUGAUGAAUUGAAGUGUUAGGAAUGAGUUCGACCAAGUCACAAAUGCAUGGGAUUGAAAAACAUGUUCAAACUAUCUGUGCACUAUUUAUAGAGCGGAGCUGUUAAUGAACUGUUUAGAAAAGUUUUCACAUUCAUAUGAGUGUUAAAAACGUCAAACAGUUCACUUCAUCAACAAAGGGUCAAGUAUAGUCACAGGUUCCCAAAUUGGAUGCCGGCAAACACUGCUUAAAAUGUUCCUUAAAGGGAUAGUUCACCAAAAAUAUAAAAUUGUCAUCACUUGUUCACCUUCAAACGUUGUU